GACAAAGCAAUCCCUUAGUCGCGCUCACCCAUCUUUCUUUCAACACCUCUACCUCCAUCCAUCUCAGUACUUCUUCCCACGACUUGGAUCAUCACGAUCUAUCUCUUAAUUGAUUUGUUUCUUCUUGUCAUUCCUCAUUUACUCCUAACAAUUUUCAGCAAGAAUAACGACUACUAAGAUUGGCCUUCGCGAUCGACUUUAUCUUUCAACAACAACAAUCCUAACCUUUUAACUAAACAAAUAUCAUCAAAAUGUCUGCCGCCGAAGAAGAUUUGAUCGAUUACUCUGAUGAGGAGCUCGCAACAACAGAGGCACCAGCACCAGCUGCUGGCGCAAAUGGAGGAGUCAAGGGUGAUUCGGGAAAUUUGACCGUGUCUGGAAAUGCAGCUGCGGCCAAGAAGGGCAGUUAUGUUGGUAUCCAUUCGACUGGUUUCCGCGAAUUUUUAUUGAAGCCGGAGCUUCUACGAGCCAUUUCCUGGUGCGGAUUCGAACAUCCUUCGGAGGUUCAGCAAGUCUGUAUUCCCCAAGCGAUUCUUGGUACAGAUGUCCUAUGCCAGGCCAAAUCUGGUCUCGGUAAAACCGCCGUUUUCGUCCUCACAACUCUACAACAAGUCGAGGUAGUCGCCGGUGAAACAUCCGUCCUUGUGAUGUGCCACACUCGUGAAUUGGCUUACCAAAUUCGAAAUGAAUAUCAACGAUUCUGUCACUUCAUGCCAGAUGUCAAGAUUGGUGUUUUCUACGGUGGAGUUCCUAUUAGCAAGGAUGUUGAGGUAUUGAAGAAUCCCGAGACCCACCCACACAUCAUCGUCGGUACCCCAGGUCGAUUGAACGCCCUUGUUCGAGACAAAUACUUGCGCCUCAACAGCGUCAAGGUUUUUGUUCUUGAUGAGUGUGACAAGAUGUUGGAUCAAAUUGAUAUGCGUCGCGAUGUUCAGGAGAUUUUCAGAGCCACACCACCACAGAAGCAAGUCAUGAUGUUCAGUGCUACUCUUUCUCAAGAGGUUCGACCUAUCUGCAAGAAGUUCAUGCAGAACCCUCUUGAGAUCUACAUUGAUAAUGAGACAAAGCUCACUCUUUAUGGUCUUCAACAAUAUUACAUCAAAUUAGAGGAGAAAGAGAAGAAUAGACGUCUCAAUGAAUUGUUAGAUGAGCUUUCCUUCAACCAAGUUAUCAUUUUCGUCAAGAGCACAGUCAGAGCCACUGAACUUGACAAGCUCUUGCGCGAGUGUAACUUCCCAUCAGUUGCAAUCCACUCUGGUGUCAGUCAAGAGGAACGUAUCAAACGUUUCAACGACUUCAAGGAUUUCAACAAGCGUAUCUGUGUUGCUACGGACGUGUUCGGUCGUGGUAUUGAUGUCAACAAGAUUAACUUGGCUAUUAACUACGAUCUCCCACCCGAUGCAGACUCAUACCUUCAUCGUGUUGGACGUGCUGGUCGUUUCGGAACCAAGGGUCUUGCUAUCUCAUUCGUUAGCAAUGAGGCAGACCAAGAGGUUCUGAAGGCUGUUGAGAAGAGAUUCGAAGUUGCACUCCCAGAGUACCCUGAGGGAGGUGUCGAUUCCGCCGCUUACACCAAGACUGACUAAAUGCUCGGUACCUUUUAUGCUGAUCAAACGAUAAUCUCUCCUUUUUUCACAUCUCGGCGAUCACGGCACCGAUUGUUUAUCUAAGUUGUGUCAUUUCGAGAAGUCAUUGCAAUGCAAGAAAAUUAUGAUUGUUUUCACGGAAUUUUUUUCCCUUCGCCAUUUGUUUAUUUGGGGGGGUCGUCCUCUAGUCAUGGGGAUUAUGAGAUAAAUUGUGCCUUGAUGCUGAUGGCUAGAGGGUAGCAAUAAAUGGUAUGGUUGUGGUUAAAUUUCACAGGUUGGGAAGGAAAGCAAGUUAGCAAAGAUAUUAGGUGCAACCGAAAAGUUUUUUUCUUUGAUAUGUAUUUGUGCUCUGUAUUCUACGUUCCAUCAGUGACAUGAAAUCAUAUUGCAAGAGGUAGUCUUGAUAUCA